UUUCAGAGAGACUCCAAUCUCAGAUCAAUAUGGAUGAUCAGCAACAGUUCUGUCUUCGUUGGAACGAUUUCCAGACCAACAUGGUCGCUUCGUUCAAACAUCUGAGGGACGAAAAGUCCUUCACUGACGUGACGAUUGCAUGUGACGGUCAAAGCACCAAGGCUCAUAAGAUGAUUCUCUCAGCUUGUAGUCCUUACUUUAAGGCCUUACUGGAAGAGAACCCUGCCAAACAUCCUAUCAUCAUCCUUAAAGAUGUUCCAUUCCUUCAUCUUACAGCUAUACUGGAGUUCAUGUACGCAGGAGAGGUUAAUGUCGCUCAGGACCAACUACCUGCCUUCCUCAAGACAGCGGAGAGGUUGAAGGUAAAGGGACUGGCUGAGGCCCCGCAGAACGUGAAGAACGAGUAGUUCGACCCGGAUUAUCAAUCAAGAACGUAUGGAGGUCCUCCAGAUGUUCGAAUCCGAGUUCAACCACUCUGGAUUGUUCGAAUCUGAUCACUUCGGAUUGUUUUUAGACUCUGACCACUUCGGAUAGAUCGAAUCCUGAUCAGUCCGGAUUUUUCGAUCCUUUCCACUUUGGAUUUUUUCGAUCCUGACCACUCCGGAUUGUUCGAUCUUAACCACUUGGAUUUUUCGAAUUUUACCUACCGUACAUUUUCAGUAUUAAAGUGCAAUCAUUGCUUUUAGACUGCAGUACAUACUUGUUGUGACUUGUGUUAUUUACAUGUACAUUGUUUAUGUACAUGCUGCACGCCUGCUUUACGUAAUAUUGAUCAUAAAGCACUCGAAAGAAAUGUUCAAACUGACGAAAA